AUGUCUAUCGCAGGGUAUAAUGGUGGAAGUGUUGUUGCAAUGGUCGGAAAGAACUGUGUUGCCAUUGCGUCUGAUAAAUUUCUUGGUGUUCAAUUAAUGACAAUAUCAACUGAAUUUCCAAAAAUCAUUCAAGCAACAGAUAAAUGUUAUGUUGGACUUCCUGGGUUGGCCACUGAUGUUCAAACCUUAUCUGAAAGAUUCCGUUUCAAGAUUAAUAUGUAUAAAUUACGUGAAGAACGUGAUAUUGAACCAAAAACACUUGCACACUUGGUAUCAUCAACAUUGUAUGAAAAAAGAUUUGGACCAUACUUUGUAGAACCAAUUAUUGCGGGACUUGAUAAACACAAUAAACCAUAUAUUUGUGAAAUGGAUUUAAUAGGUUGUAUUGGUAAUGCUACAGAUUUUGUUGUUGGUGGUACAUCUUCUGAAAACUUGUAUGGAAUUUGUGAAGCAUUGUGGGAACCUGAUCUGCCUGAAGAUUUAUUUGAAACAAUUUCACAAGCAUUAAUGAAUGCUAUUGAUAGAGAUUGUAAAAGUGGUUGGGGUGCAUUUGUUCAUGUUAUAACACCUGAAAAAGUUAUAACUCGUACACUUAAGACUCGUAUGAAGUUGACAUCCUGGUCACUUGAUGGUCAUUUGUUUCGUAAUUACUAUAUCAUGCUAGAAAGUCCUUCUGAUGAAUCUCUCAAAAAUUUCACUAAAAAAUUUAAAUAUGGUUAUCUUGCAACAUUUAAAAUUCUUCUUAUCGGUAAUUCAAAUGUUGGAAAAUCGUCUCUUUUACUAAGAUUCACUGACGAUACAUUUUUAACACAUGACGAAGUAUCAGCAACGAUAGGUGUAGAUUUCAAAGUUCAUGAAAUAGGUGAUACAGCUGGUCAAGAACGUUUUAGAACACUAACAUCCUCAUAUUAUCGUGGUGCUCAAGGUGUCAUCCUUGAUGAUUGGUUUAAUGAAUUAAACACCUAUUGUACAAGCAAGAACAUAGUGAAAAUGAUAGUUGGUAAUAAGAUAGAUAAGGAAAGUGGAAGGGCUAUUUCACGUAAAGAAGGUGAAGCGUAUGCUAAGAAAUCACAAACUUUAUUUAUAGAAUGUAGUGCCAAGACAAAAUAUGGAGUAAGAGAAGCAUUUGAAGAACUUGUUAGAAAGAUAAUUGAAGAUCCAAAUUUAUGGCAGAAAAGAUCCGAGACGUUAGAUAACAAGAUCGAUAUAAGUUUAUUAGAUCAAAAUCAACAAAACCAUAAUAAUGAUGAUGCAUUUCAUAAAAAGAUAUUAAAUGAUUAA